AUGACAUCUACCCGCAAGUGUAACCUCGACAACAACGACCGGAUGGCCAGCGAUAAUGAUUCUAUCAAAUGUAAAACAUGCGCCAGAGUUCUCGCAACAAUCGCGCCUACUGGCCUGGCUGCAACAGCCUCACCGGGAACGAGCGAAGGUUGCGACACAUGUCAGCAGUUUAGCACGCUUUAUGAUGCUGUGCAGACUGCGGACAUGGACUGGACGACAUAUCAAAACAAGCGCGAUUCCAUCACAAAGUCAUUUGCUCGGGAGAACUACAAGAGAGCGCACAUGGAAUUUCACAAUUGGCUCAUGACUGUCGAGGUGCCUACAGUAUCCAAGAGACGAGAUCACGAGACUUACACGGAUGAGGACGAGGUCGAGCAGCAAGACCAGGGCACCAAGCGACGACAUUCGCAUUCACCGACCGUCCAGAAGUUCAGCGAUACCAUAGAGAUGCCCGAUAGACUUGCGCAACACCAUCACAAUAUAUCGCUUUCUCUCCGUCCAUCGCCGAAGAGAUCGCGGAGCAUGGUAUCUAUAUCAGGGCGCAAGCGACUCAAGUUCUCGGAGACAGUUGAAUUUCCUGCCAGCUACCGGAGUAGUGAAGAGUAUCAUCGGCCCAGUGAGACAUAUGUUCGAGGCAGAAAUGCGCCACCCGAGGGAUCAGAGUAUAUGGAUACGAGCGGUUCUGGCCAGACGUUUCUCAGGUUUACACAGAUGAAAAAGGUGGGCGCGAAAUGGGUUGAGUUGAGCGAGGAAGAGCUUGUAAAGAAGAAAGAGGGUGUGAAGGUUGCGGCAGAGAAGACGAAAGCGCAAGAGACGAAUGGUGAUAUGGAAGGCGACUUGGGAAGGGACCAACAGACGUUGGCAAAUGCUCGCACAACCAGAUCAGCACGAAGAGCCAAGGAGACAUUGGGCGCUGGACCGGCACAGAUAAACAUGACCGCAAUCACUCAGGUUCGAAGUAGGAAGCCACGGAAGCCCAACGAGACAUUGCUCGAUGGAACAUUGGACAGAGCCCAAGAUGCUCCUAGUGAUGUAGCUACUGCCUUACCCAUACCCAAUACCCACUUCAUCGCGCGCGAAAGUCCAGACGCACCGGAAGAUAUCGGAGCCGGAGUACAGCGCCUAGAACGACAAACCUACAACGAUUCAGAAAAGACAACCACCGAGACGAGGCACAAUGGUGGAGCGAGCGAUGCGGAUGUCCAAGAGCACCACAAGGGCACUUGUAAUACUAGCAUAGUAGCUUGUCAGGGAGAUGCGAUUCAUCACCGUACAGGAAAUAUCGUGAUUGAAAGCGAUAUGCUGCGGGCUGGGCCAAUGGGAAAUGCAUCUUCAUGCACAAGCUGGGAAGAUGCCUACAUGGCGUUUGCCACUACUAGUGAUCGCCCUGCAGCGGCGCAGAUGGUGGACGAACAAGCCGCCUCAAUCGUUCAUGACGACACAGCAACCAUGUCCAACACAGCCGACAAUCAGGACUAA